AAAAACAUAUAUAUAUAAUAUAAAUAUAUAUUAAAAGUAUUAUAAAAACUAAAAAAUAUUAUAGCAAUUAAAAAAUAUUAUAAAAAUUACAAAAAAAUAAAUUAAAAAAUAUUCAAAAAUAUUAUUAUUAUUAUAAUUGACAUAAAUAACACUGCAAAUUAUUUUAUGUGCAACAACUACUGAAAUUUGAAAUAAAAGUUGGAAAAAAUUAGUGAAAUUCUCGAAGCAAAUUUCCUACACCAAAAUUCACUUCAAGGAUUAUACAAUUGCUGCAUGCAUAUGCGCCAUUUUGUAGAGUUGUGCGGGUCGAACAGCGCAUAGCGUUGGCUGCAUGACCAUAACAAUAACAAAAACAACAACAAUAGCAGGCCCGUAACCAAAAUUGCAAACAAAAUAUAAAUAUUGGAAUAAAAUUCAACAGCGACCAAAUAACUGCGCCGAAAAGUGAAUAUACAUACAUAUAUGUAUAUAAUAAAUACAUAAUAUAUACAAACUUAUAUACAUAAGCCAACACAUAGCGGUUAUGGCCGAAAAGCCACCAGCAUAAGCACCAAAUAAUAGUAACAACAAUAAGUUUGCUACCAAACGCAACAACAAUUGCAAUAUAUGCGCAACAUUUGUUAUUUACAACAACAACAACAUAACUGGUAUAUAAAUACAAAGCGCUGUGUAUAUGCGCGCAGCAUAGUUGGAGGCGCGUUGAAGUAAAAGGACGCUAGGCGCACACACCAAUACAUACACACAUCACACACAAUCGAAAAGAAAAACAACAAAGUAGCAGCAGAACAAGCAGCACAAAAUCCAUACUCGUCUACACUCGUUUACUGCUCGGUGUUGGUGAGUGUGCGCGUGUAUUUGUGAGCUUGUAGGCGCGCGCCUACAAUUGCUUUGCCUUUGCCUGGGUGUGUGUGUGUGUGAGCGCGGUUGUGAAACUUUUCCGACUUGUAUGUGCGCGUGCGAAGGCAAAUAAACAUUUACUAUUACUACAUUACAACAACAACAAUACCAACAACAGCAACAGCAACAGCAAAGCACAAAAGCAAUAAAAACCGUUAGCGGCAACAAAUCAAUGAAUACAAAGUUGCCAUCGUCGUCGCCGCCAUCAUUAUCAUUAACGCCAUUGCUAGUCGGCGAAAAGCAGAAGCAGCAGCAACAACAACGCUAGCGCGUAACUAAAUAGAAAUCGCCUCAGAAGAAACGUUUGUACAUGCCGAACGCAUAAACGAAGCGCAUUUUUUCAAGGCGCCGCAUUUCAUAAGCAACGCACGGCUCACAAACUCGCCCGCUGACUCCAACUUCAAACGUCCGUUUUGCCUAUUUUCACGCAGUUAAUAACAUUUCCGCUUGUGGUUCGUUGCAUUAUCACGCUCGUUUAUUAGUUCGCCUUUUUCUUGCUAGCAAAAACUUCCGUCGCACCGCCGCGCGCUUUGCAUUCGCCGCCGCGUCAGUAACGCGAUUCGCCGCGCCUACUAAAACAAGCGAAAAUGUCGCACGUAUAUAAAGCGCGCGCUCGCGUCUACAAAUCGCUUCGUCAGGGAAUGUGCACAGUGGCAGCAGAAAGUAUGAAUAUAAAUACAACCACGACUGCGCCGAGUGAGUAUCACAGCCGAAUUGCAGCGUCCACAGCUGUCUCCAGCUACAGGGUGCUGCAAAGGCCGCUGGCCUGCAUAUUCAUCGGCUUCGUCGUCCUGCUCAGCUGUCUCGUACAAAAUGCUUCAGGGCGCGCACCACCAGAGCCCUACUACGGUCGCUACAUCGGAGAAUUCACAAAUUUUGCGCACGGCAUAAAGGGCUCCAUUUAUGCCGUCGACGAAUCUACGCUGUUCAUCAAAUCAUUUGCAUAUGAUGGCACGGGACCGGAUGCAUUCUUCUGGGUUGGUAAAACUCCACGUCCAAGUCCCGAAGGAUACAUCAUACCAUAUCCAGAAGAGUAUGCUGGCAUCGAUCCACCAAUUUUGCAAGCGCACAACAACACCAACAUCAUACUGCGUCUGCCCAUGGGCAAAAGGAUUAAGGAUAUACGAUGGCUGUCCGUGUGGUGCCGACGAUUUACGGUUGAUUUCGGUGAAGUUUUUAUCCCACCUAACCUCGAUGUACCAAAACCACGCGUGCUACCGGAAUUCAAACGUCUAGCACAUGGACUACGCUCGAGCAACAUAAGUGUUUUGGAUGCGAAAACUUUCUAUAUACCCAAUCUACACUAUGACGGCGCCGGUCCAGAUGCCUAUUUCUGGGUUGGCAAUGGCUCCGAACCUAAUAUUAUGGGCAUUAAGGUACCCAAUGAGGUUGGCUCACUAGAACCGCUGCGUGGUUAUCAAGGUGAAGAUAUCGAGAUACAGUUACCGGGCUCCCUGACAGUUUACGAUAUCGAUUGGCUUUCGGUUUGGUGUGUGGAGUACAGGCAUAAUUUCGGGCAUGUUUUCAUACCGAAAGAUUUGGAUGUGCCGCCAGCGUUGGGUCAAACAAAAAUAACGACCACCACCACACCACGUCCCGUCUACGCCAAUUGUCGUGAGAUUAUACCCGACAAACUGCAAGUGAAAUGGGAGUUACAAGGCGAAUACAUACAGAUCGAGCUGUUUGGACGCAUUGCCGAGGAUCAGUAUAUGGCCUUCGGUCUAUCUGGCGCCAAUGGACGUGCGCAAAUGUCGCAAUCGGAUGUUGUUGUCGCAUUCUACGAUACCAAUGCGCGCGUUUUCCGUGCCGAAGACUACUUCAUCUCCGAUUUGUCGCAGUGCGAUGGCCAGCACGGCGCUUGUCCCGAUAGUCGCAUCGGCGGACGUAACGAUGUUAUUGUCUUGAGCGGCGAUCGCAAGAAUAAUGUGACCAGCAUACGCUAUAAGCGCCUCAUACAAACCAACGAACCGAUCUACGACUUUGCCAUACCAUUGGAUCGCGAAGUGUCCGUGAUCGCUGCGAUCGGACCGCUGAAUAGUCUUAUGGAGGCAAAUGCGCAUUCGCACACCGGCAACGAUCACACCAUCGACGAUGUGCGCAUUAAUUUCUCAUCGCGUAAUGAUCAUUCGUGCAAGAAUUCGCUGUACAGUUUCAAAGAUCAGAGCGGUCCAAAGCCCUGGCCAACACGUAAGAUCACUAACGAGACCGUAUUCACGGCACGUAUUGGUCCCACAGGCGGUAAACGUGGUUACACGCCACUCACUGGUAUACCUUCCUGGGGUAUUGCUUGGUACUUGAAUGAUCUGCUAAUACCAGAGAUAACGGUGCAGCGUGGCAAAACUUAUGAGUUCUAUGUCGAGGGCGGUGAUGAUCCCGCACAACCUGCCAGAUACCAUCCAUUCUAUAUCACCGAUUCACCGGAAGGCGGUAUUGGACAAAUGACUGGUCUUGAAGUAAGCAAACAAAAAGCUUAUGCCGGCGUCGAAUUCGAUAAGGAGGGUAACCCAAUACCGACUGCAUUUGGACGUUACUGCGAAUGGACACAUCGUACAGUUGAUCUAUCAGCCCAGAUUGAAACCUUUGAGGAAUAUAUGAAGACCUUGAUGCUGGAAUGUGUUGAGGGUGAACCGGGCUUCUUAAAUUGGACAGUACCAUUGGAUGCACCAGAUCUGCUGUAUUAUCAGUGCUUCACACAUCGAAAUCUCGGCUGGAAGAUAAACGUGGUCGACGCCACAGACGCAUCAACAGCGCUGCAGCUAACCAUCACCAAUGCGAUUGUGUAUACAAUUUCCGUGCUAUUUAGCCUGUUUGUGACGCAAAACAUUUUCAGUUUGUCAAUAAUUGCCUGAUAGUGGUGCUGCUGUCACAGCAAGUUAGAACAUUUUAAAUUUUAAAUGUCAAGUGAAAAACGUUUAAGAGGCUGAGGCAAAUGCGCAAAACGCACACAGAACACACAGAAAUAUAUUUUCAGAUAUAUACACACACGUGCAAUUUUAGUUAUUUGGAUAAAAAUUAUAAUUUUUGAAACUGUGAAACAUAUCUGGAAAAAGAGAAAGUAUAAGGGCAUAUCUUUGUAGAGCGCAUAUCGGUACGAUUUUUUAGUCCACGCACACUCAUACAUAUGCAUUUUGACUUUUAUAUAGUAUUUAUAAGCAGCAUAUCCGUUUACAAAACAACCAAAGCAAAGUAAAUU